GUCCACGUUCCCGACCUCGCCAACGAGGACCUCGGCCCGCUCCUGGACGACAUCCUCGACCCGGCGCGCGGCCCCGUCACGCGCGCCAAGCUCGACCACGCGCUCGGCCUGACGGGCUACUUUGUCUGCGCGGUCCAGCGCGCGUUCGCCAACGUGUCGUCGUCGCGCCGGCCCAACACGCGCUUCCUGACGACGAUCCCGCACCUGUGGACCUACAUCGACCGGGCGCACGCCGCCGUCCAGCGCCUGCACCGCCGCCUCGUCCAGCUCGAGUUUGCGCCGUCUGGGUCCGGCGACGACGACGACCACCACCACUCGGUCGACUACGACCUCCUGAUCGGCGUGCGCAUGGACGAGCGCCUCCUCGACGUCGUGCACCUCGCGCACGUGUGGCUCGACACGCAGCGGCGCACGCUCGACCUCACGGUCGACGACCGCCAGGCGCUCGACGACCUCGUCAUGACGAGCGAGCGCCGCGUGCGCAAGUGCCUCAAGCUCCUCGCGUUCUACUCCAAGGUGUUUGUCGACUCGCUCGACAAGCACUGCGUGUACCACCUCGUGACGCAGCUCGAGGCGCUCCCUGGGUGGACGAUCAUGGUCGCCCAGCGCGAGGGCGAGCCGACCGACUUUGGCCCGUUGCCGGCCGAGUGCGCCCUCACCGACGUCGAGCUCGACUGGUUCACGCGCGCGCUCGAGCUCGCGUGCUUCUUCACGCCGCUCGCCAACGACCGGCUGCGCGAGCUCAACGCGGCGCGCGAGGCGCGCAAGGUGCCCGAUCAGGCGCCGUACGCCGCUUUUGGCGACUACGAGCUGUCUGCCCAAUCCGCCGCUGCUGCCGGUCCGCCCGCCUACUCGUACCACCCGCAUCAGCAGCAGCCCCCCACGUCGCACCUCGUCGCGCCCUUCCUCGACCCCCAGCAGCAGCAGCAGCAACAGCAGCCGCCACCGCUCCUCGCCAACCCCGAUCCCGCCACCGGCUCGCUCGCCAACGGCGCCCAGCACCCGCACCAGCACCAGCACCAGCACCCGCACCCGCACGAGCACCGGCACGGCGGGCGCAAGCCGUCGUGGACGUUCGACAGCUACGGCACGCCGCUCACGUUCGACCCGGCGGGCUCGAACGCGCCGCCCGUGUUUGACGGCGCCGGCGCCGGCGGGGCCGGCGCGGCGCUCGCGCACCUUGUCGGCGCCGGCGCUGGCACGGGCGGUGAAGGCGGUACGUCGCCUGGGACGGGCAGCGCGAGCGCGAGCGGCGGCGGCGGCGGCGGCGGCGGGUCGGGCUCGGGCACGGGCACGGGCACGAGCCACUCGUCGCCUGCGAGCGGCGCGCGACUCGUCGCUGGUGCAGGCGAGCAGCACCAGCAGCAGCCGCCGUACCUCGGCAGCAUGUCGUCGUUCCCGCUCCCGCUCCCGCCGACGCCGGCGCGCACGAGCACGAGCACGAGCGUAACGACGUCGCCCGAGCGGCACGGCGCGCCUGAACCUGCGCUCGCGCUCGCGCUCGAGCAGCCGUGGGGCGGCGGCGGCGGCGCGGCGGGCGUCGAGAGUGGGUCGGGCGCGUACGACCCGUUCGGCGGCGGGGACGAGGCGGUGGUGCGUGUCGCGGAGAUGGUUGACGGCGGCGGCAGCGGCGGCGGCAGCGGCGGCGGAGGAGGAGGAGCAGGGGGAGGGGGAGCGGUGGUCGACGAGGGAGCGGCGGCGCCGUACGGGCUCGCGCCGCUCGGUGCGUCGGUGCAGCCGCAGCAGCAAGACUGGGCGGCGUACGGCGCGGGCGCAGGGGCGCAGUGCGCGAAUGAGUGGUGA